AUGAGGUCAGCCCUCAGGUUGCUGGCUAAUGUCAAGCCAGCUCGCUACCUCGAGCCUAAUACGCCGAUCGGGUUGACCGGUUUAACGACGCACCCCAGUCCUCGCCCAACGCUCAUCCACGUCUAUCGCCAGACUCUCGAGAAACUAAAGACCUUCCCCGAGACGUCGGUCUAUCGCAAGUCGACCGAGGCACUUACCCGCCACCGCCUGCAGAUUAUCGAAUCCACCAAGCCCCCCGGAUUUGAUGCCUGGUUUGAGCGCGCCAAGGAAACCGUUGCAAAGCACCCAGAGCACUUCAAAAACCUCAAGUUUGCUCCCGACGGUACCUAUACCAUCGCCGUCGAGGCCGAAAGCGCCAAUUCCGGGGCUUCAUUCCCUCCGAAGACACCGGAAGAAGUUGCCAAGUACGAGGAAGAGGCAGCCCAGUUUGUGAAGGGAGAGCUUCCCGAGAACCCUGUUUUCUUCAAAAAGGUCGCUCAGACAGAGUAUGACCCAGUGCUGGAGAGUGAACCCGCCCUGGAAGCAGAGCAGAUUGCCGAAAUCGAGAAUAAGAUCGGUGCUGGUUUGAUCGAGGAGGUUGUUGUCGUUGCCAACGACGAAUUCAAACUUGUAGACACAUUGGCCGAGUCUCAGGUGUGGGAAGAGCUCGAAGAAAAGCCAAGUCCGGGACAAUGGACUUACUUUGAACGUGGCCCUGAAAAGUCAUAA